CGGCGGCCUCCGACAGAGGGCGGUGCUGCAUCGUGCGGUCUGAAAAAGCACCGAAGAAGCAGCAGUUGGAGGUUAUGGCGUCACGCGGGUCCCCACGGCUGCUGGACAGACUCCUGUUUACAGUCAAGAACCCCACAUGCCGGUCCAGAUGCUGCACGCUGAGGAGUCGGGCUCAGUACUCCUCCAGCUGCAGACCCGAGGAGGAGCAGGAGGAGACCUUCCAGAAGCUCCUCAUCGCCAACAGAGGAGAGAUCGCCUGCAGGGUGAUCAAGACCUGUAAGAGGAUGGGCAUCCAGACCAUAGCGGUUCACAGCGACGUGGACUCCAACGCCGUGCAUGUAAAGAUGGCGGAUGAAGCAGUCUGCGUUGGCCCCGCCCCCACCAGUCUGAGCUACCUGAACAUGGAUGCCAUCCUGAAUGCCGUCAGGAGGACUGGAGCUCAGGCUGUUCAUCCAGGUUACGGCUUCCUGUCUGAAAACAAAGAGUUUGCAAAGCGGUUGGCCGCGGAGGACGUGACCUUCAUUGGCCCAGACACCCAUGCAAUCCAGGCCAUGGGGGAUAAAAUCCAGAGCAAACUGAUCGCUAAGGCCGCUAAGGUCAACACCAUCCCAGGAUUUGAUGGAGUUGUCAAGUCUGCAGAAGAUGCUGUGAAGAUCGCCCAGCAGAUCGGUUACCCGGUGAUGAUCAAAGCCUCUGCGGGGGGAGGGGGUAAAGGCAUGAGGAUAGCCUGGAAUGACGAGGAGACCAGGGAAGGUUUCCGCUUCUCGUCCCAGGAGGCAGCAUCCAGCUUUGGAGACGACCGGCUGCUGAUUGAGAAGUACAUCGACAGGCCUCGGCACAUCGAGAUCCAGGUUCUGGCUGACAAACAUGGGAACGCCCUGUGGCUUAAUGAGCGGGAGUGCUCCAUCCAGAGGAGGAACCAGAAGGUGGUGGAGGAAGCACCCAGCACGUUUCUGGACCCGACCACGCGGCGGGCGAUGGGCGAGCAGGCCGUGCAGCUGGCCAAAGCUGUACAGUACUCCUCUGCUGGAACUGUGGAGUUCCUGGUGGAUGCUCAGAAGAACUUCUAUUUUCUGGAGAUGAACACGCGACUGCAGGUGGAGCACCCCAUCACUGAGUGCAUCACCGGCCUGGACCUGGUGGAGCAGAUGAUCCGGGUCGCUAAAGGUUAUCGGCUGCAGCACAAACAGGAGGACAUUCCCAUAAACGGCUGGGCCAUCGAGAGCAGAGUCUAUGCAGAGGACCCCUUCAAGUCCUUUGGUCUUCCAUCGAUCGGACGCCUGUCGCAAUACCAGGAGCCGCUCGACCUCAGCAACGUCCGCGUGGACAGCGGCAUUGAAGAAGGAAGUGACAUCAGCAUCUACUACGACCCCAUGAUUUCAAAGCUGGUGACCUUUGGAGCGACACGAGCAGAGGCCCUGGCCCGGAUGGAGGAGUCCCUGGACAGAUACGUGAUCAGGGGAGUGACCCACAACAUUCCUCUGCUGCGGGAAAUCAUCACCCACCCUUUGUUCAUCUCCGGUGACAUCAGCACCAACUUCCUACCCGAGGUUUAUCCUGAGGGCUUCAAGGGUCACCAGCUGGAAGCGGAGCAGCGGCGAGAGCUCCUGGCAUCAGCUGCAGCACUCCACAUUGCUGCUCAGCUGCGCUCGCAAAGCAUCCUGGGAAACCUUAGGGUGUCCUCCUCGGUGGCGGGACACAGCAGCUGGGACCUGUCUUUGGAGCUGGGGGAGAGACACUACGAUGUCCACAUCACCAAAUCAGGGAGCAUCUAUACUGUGGAGGUGGACGGAGGAAGAGUAGAAGUCAUUGGAGAGUGGAACUUGGCCUCCCCCCUGCUGCCGCUCACCAUCAACGGUUCACAGAGGAUGCUUCAGUGUCUGUCCAGAGAGGCUUCAGGAACGAUCGCUCUGCAGUUCAUGGGAACCCUGUUUAAGGUUCGGGUUUUGUCCAAGUUGGCCUCUAAGCUAAACUCCUACAUGCCAGAGAAGCUCCCAGAAGACACCAGCAGCAUCCUGCGCUCUCCGAUGCCGGGCACGGUGGUGGCUGUGUCUGUGCACCCCGGAGACACGGUUGCAGAAGGUCAGGAGAUUUGUGUGAUUGAGGCCAUGAAGAUGCAGAACAGCCUGACUGCAGUCAAACAAGCAAAGGUGAAGAGUGUCCACUGUAAGCCUGGGGAGACGGUGGGCGAGGGGGACCUGCUGGUGGAGCUUGAAUGAAGCUGCUGUGACCACGGAUCACUCAGCAGCGCUGGACCCUCUUCCACCAUCAGAGGCCUUCAUGAUUCUGUUUUUGUUCUACUUGUAGUUCCAUUAAAUAAUCUAGUCUUGG